UCGUUCCAUACUGGGAACGCUGGGGGCCGCCAUUUUAAGAGCAGUGCUGUACGGCACCUUGACGCGCCCCGCCGUGCCUGUACGCACAGGCAGCCGCCAUCUUGGACAGCGGCGGUGGGCACUGCCGUCCCGGGCGCUGAGUCGCCCUGUGUCGCCCCUCCGCUCCUCAGCGCACCUCCACCUGGGGCUGCUGUCUCUGUGCCCGCGGAGACCCACGCUACUCGGUCUGCGUAGUUCUCUGCUUUCGUUGCGUGCCAGUGUAAAUGGUCCGCAACUUGUGAACGCUCGUCUUAACAACCCCGACUGGGGGCGCUCGCGCGCCUCACACCCUGAGAUCUCCACCCCUUACAAUGUCUAACUGGCUCGGCUGGCCCUGUUCCCUGGAUAUGGCAAGUGUAUCGGCUAAGGAUCCUCUUUCCCAAGAACGCUAACACAGGCGCUGUCCUCUGAGGCUCUGGAUGACUUUAUUCUUCAAAUGCCUUUACCUUUCCAAUAGCUCCAGUGACCCUCCAUUCUGCAUAUCCAGGAAAAUGUGACGCUCUACAGGUGAUCAGCUUCUAGAUCACCAUUUUCUAGCUACAAGUGACUUGUGUGGGGAUAUCCAGGGGCAGCAGAGGUAACCAUCAGGAAGAUAUCUAAAGAAAUGAUACAGCAAAGAAGAGAAGCUGGGGGAAAAGAGACAUGCAGAGACCAGAUCAAAAAAGGAUCAGAUAAAGAGGAGGAACCUCCAGCUGCCCUAUCCCAUGGCCAAGGGUAUCGUCCCUGUGGAAGGCCAGCCAGGAACUCAAAGCCUGAAGCUGGGGCCAGAUCCUCUGCUGUCCCCAUCAUGGUCAAUGACCCACCAGUACCUGCCUUACUGUGGGCCCAGGAAGUAGGCCAUGUCUUGGCGGGCCGUGCCCGCAGGCUGUUGCUGCAGUUUGGGGUGCUCUUCUGCACCAUCCUUCUCUUGCUUUGGGUGUCUGUGUUCCUCUAUGGCUCUUUCUACUACUCCUACAUGCCGACUGUCAGCCACCUCAGCCCUGUGCAUUUCUACUACAGGACAGACUGUGACUCCUCCACCACCUCACUCUGCUCCUUUCCUGUUGCCAAUGUCUCGCUGGCUAAGAGUGGACGUGAUCGGGUGCUGAUGUAUGGACAGCCAUAUCGAGUCACCUUAGAGCUUGAACUGCCAGAAUCCCCCGUGAAUCAAGACUUGGGCAUGUUCUUAGUCACUGUUUCAUGCUAUACAAGAGGUGGCCGAAUCAUCUCCACUUCUUCACGCUCAGUGAUGCUGCAUUACCGCUCCCACCUGCUCCAGAUGCUUGACACGCUAGUGUUCUCCAGCCUCCUGCUGUUUGGCUUUGCUGAACAGAAGCAGCUCCUGGAGGUAGAACUCUACUCGGACUACAGGGAGAAUUCGUAUGUGCCAACAACUGGAGCCAUUAUUGAGAUCCACAGCAAGCGCAUCCAGAUGUAUGGAGCUUACCUCCGAAUCCACGCCCACUUCACUGGGCUCCGGUACCUGCUGUACAACUUCCCUAUGACCUGCGCCUUCGUGGGUGUCGCCAGCAACUUCACAUUCCUCAGCGUCAUCGUGCUCUUCAGCUACAUGCAGUGGGUGUGGGGGGGCAUCUGGCCCCAGCACCGCCUCUCUUUGCAGGUUAAUAUCCGACAAAGGGAUAGCUCACGACAGGGUGCCCAGCGUCGGAUCUCUCGCCAUCAGCCAGGCCAGGAGGAGUCUACCCCGCAGUCAGACAUGACGGAGGAAGGUGAAAACCCUGAAGACCCCUCAGGAACAGAGGGCCAGCUGUCUGAGGAAGAGAAACCACAGAAGCAGCCCCGGAAUGGAGAGGAGGAACAAGAGCCGGAGGCUAGUGAUGGUUCAGGCUCCUGGGAAGAUGCAGCUUUGCUGACAGAGGCCAACCUGCCUACUUCCACCUCUACCUCUGCCCUUGCCCCUGAGACUCUGGGUAGCCGUGAGCCUUCUGUGGGCAUCAUCAGGCAGCGUCCAACAUGCUCCAGUUCCUGAACAGAAAGAUUCUUC